GAAGCUUUAGAGAACAAUGGUAUUUCGGGUGGUCUUGGACAAAGGGAGCGUAAAAAGAAGAAAAAAACGUCCCCCUGGAUAUUACAGUUACUUGAAAGAUGGUGGUGAGGGUGGACCUUCGGCGGAAGCCCUGGUCAGUGGCCAUGCCGGCCCAGCAGUCCCCAGCAGCGUAGGCGCCGAGGACGUGGACUUGACAGGGUAUGUACCCACGGCAGGGACCCCACAGACUUGGGGCAGCCCUCAGGAUGCCACGGACUUUGUCAGCGACGCCAGGCCUGCUGGGGCUUUCCUCGGAGCCCUGGAUGGCAGGGCCAGGACUGCAGGGCAGCCGGAGGGCUUCCCCGGGGCUCACUCAGAGGCCUCCUGCCUCCCUCCUGUUGAGGACAGCUGUGGCUCAGCCCUCCGUGGGGACCAAUACUACUGAGAACCUUGGAGUCAC